GACGACAAUGUCGAAAGGAAAAGAUCGCUAGGGUUAUGUGAAAUCGGAUACGACGGUUUCAUAACCCGAAAAGUUGGCCGGAAAGUCUUUUUUUGUUUUUAAGCAGCCAGGGAAAAGAUGCGAUGAAUGAAUUGAACUUCGGGUCUUACUUAGCGAUGGUGACGUCACCUUUGUCAAAAAUUAAAAUGCGAGAGGAACAAUAAAAGCCACCAAAUAAGAGUGACAGCUGGUUAAACUCAAACCGCAUAAAGACUUUCCUUCUGAAAAUCUCCUUGAAGACGGGGAUUUUCUUAUAGUUAAUUUAAUAGAAGUUUCCAUAUAAAAAUUCUCACCGGAUAACACCAGAGUCAAAUUCAAGCAAAGGACUAUCCAUUAUUGGUGGAACGGACUUUCGCUUCAGUGUCCGUCCAUCCGACGCGCUAGUGUUGGGGCACCGUUGCCUAGAAGCCAGGACAAAACUAGAGAUGUGUAAAUUUGAAGACAACGUUUUGAAGGCGAUCAGGAAAGCGAAACCGGAGAAUGGAAACUACCGCUCAGUUUUCUAUUCCCCCAGGGCUAACUGAUCUACUCGAGGAAUUUGUCGUCAAGUGCAUUCAGGAGAAUCCAAGCGAUUUAGUCGAGUUCGCCGCUGAUUACUUCGACAUGCUGCGCCUUGGAAGAAAGAAGAAAGAAAGCAAAGCCGGAAAAGAAUCGGCCGCAUCAAAACCCGAAAAAAAAGAAACUGUAGAGGAUAAGGAAGAAGUGCAAGAGCCGCCGAAGAUCCCUGCUCGUGGAAGACGCAGAGCCGUCGCAGCUGAAGCGUACAACCCUAAUGAAAACGACACGGAGGUGAAAUGUGUAGUUCACCCAAAAACAGAUGAACAAUUACAGCGCUUGAAAAAAUCGGUCGAGAACAUUUUGCUUUUCAAGUCGUGCGACCGAGACCAGCUUAAAGAAAUUCUAAACGCUAUGUUCGAGCGAAAGGUGAGCCCCGAAGACGAAAUUAUUCGGCAAGGAGCCGAUGGAGACAAUUUCUAUGUAAUUGAUAAUGGCGUCUUUGAUGUUUUUAUAGAGAAGGACGGCAAGGAACUGAAGGUUCAUACUUUUAAAGAUGAGGGCAGCUUUGGCGAGCUUGCGCUCAUGUACAACUGCCCCAGAAAUGCUACCAUUAUAGCUAAAUCUGAAGGAAGCAUUUGGGCUCUCGAUCAAUCCACCUUUCGGCGAAUAGUCGUUGGAGCUGCAGCUAGAAGGCGACAAAUGUACGAGGCCCUUCUCGAGAACGUCCCCAUGUUAAAGGAACUACAGGCUUACGAGAGAAUGAAUUUGGCCGACGCUUUGGAAACAAAAAUCUUUGACGAUGGCCAGUGUAUCAUUCGACAGAAUGACGAGGCAGAUUGUAUGUAUUUUAUCGAGGCCGGCACGGUUCGCGUCACGGUAUCAGAUAAAGAAAUCUCUCGGCUGACAAAAGGAGCUUACUUCGGAGAGGUCGCGCUGGUGACGAAGAAUCCGCGAUCCGCCUCGGUUUUCGCAGAGGGAGAAGCAAAGUGCGCGGUUUUGAAUGUAGAUGCGUUUGAGAGGCUUCUAGGACCGUGUAUGGACAUCAUGAAACGAAACAUUACACACUACGAGGAACAACGCAAAGCUUUAGGCUUAGAAUAAUGGCUUGAUGAACCGUAACACCUGCUCCAGUGACUAGUAGUUUAAAAGCGAAAAUUUUAGUUUACAAGCGCACAAAACCGAACUUGGAUUAGCGUUUGGCGCAGUAUUUAGCUCGCUGUUUAUAAAUGAAAUUAUCCUAAACCAUUUCUUUAGUUUCGAAACUGAAAUUUUGGGAAACAUGAAAUUGCCAAAUGUGAUGAGUUUUUUGAGGAUAAACCGCUCACCAGGGUGUUGUAAUUAUGCAUGCAAGUUGCGGUAAUUUUGCAGUUUUAGUGCCAGAACUGGUUGUUUUUAUCUUGCGUGUUGUGUUAUUAUUGCUGUGUUCGGUUGUUCUGAUUGUUCGUGUUUUGAACAGAUCAGGUUUCCUGUUUCCAGUGAACUUGGCGUUUCGCUUCCUCAGUAAAAUAUAUUAUUCGGAACUCGGCGAUGAAGUCGCGCUGACUUCUCCAUGCGAAAAUUAGAUGCAUAUACAAAAUUAAGAUGGAGACGUGCUCAUCGAAUUAACGAGCAAAUCCUGUCGAUUCAAUAUGGCAAAGGUGGUUUCGCUUUCGUCUGAAAAUCUGUUAAAUCUAUCUGGCUCGCAACGGAUGACCUUUUGGGCAGCACUGCCUGUUUUUUAAAAUAACCGCAGAUUAAAAGAACACUUCACCAUGACAAAAUAGAUAGCUUAAAACGUGUAUUUAGUGUGUUUAAAAUGCAAGAUGGCCACCAUAUACUGAACCAAAUUGCAAUUUAUCUACGUUCUUUGUACACAACUUGAAACGAUCCAUCCUUUGACUGAAUGAGUUCCACGCUGCCAAAUAAUGGAACAGUUGUUGAUUGAAAUUGUAUAUCAAUCCUUUUAAACCGCGUAAUUAGAAUAUUCAUGUCUGGCUUUUAUUCAAAUUACUCGGACCGAACCUUCUAUUUCUAAGUAAAAGGAAUUAGGGACUAGUUUUAAUAGAAUAGUUGUUUUGAUUGAUUGAGUGACUUAACCAAAAUUAUAAGAAGAAGUUAUUUGCUUUUCUCUUACGAGAAAUGUGUAUGUCGUUCAAAGUUUUAUUAAACCACUGUUUUAUCCAUC